UCCAUGGUCCACACCACCGGAAGUCAUGCCUUGAUGAAACACUUUUCGUUAACACAAGGCCCUUCUAAAGGACCAUUCACAUUAUGCUCUCACCUUGCGCUUCCAUGGCUAAACCAAAGCUUCACUUACUGUCUCUACUCUUCUUCCACAGCAUCUUGUUAAGCUUCUUCCACUGCACACUAUCGCUGAUCAACCCAGAGGAUGAUCCUAGCUGGAUUGACAUGGAAAGUGAAGACAUUAACAUGGUGCAAACCCGGAGAGAUUCUUGGAAUAAAUGUGACUUCUCUGUUGGAAAAUGGGUUUUUGAUCAAUCUUACCCUCUCUAUGAUUCCAAUUGUCCCUAUCUCAGCACUGCAGUUACUUGUCAAAAGAAUGGAAGGCCAGAUUCUGACUAUGAGAAGUGGAAGUGGAAGCCAAAUGGUUGUUCCAUCCCAAGGUUUGAUGCACUGGAGUUUCUUGGUAAAAUGAGAAGAAAGAGAAUAAUGCUGGUGGGUGAUUCCAUAAUGAGAAACCAAUGGGAGUCUCUUGUUUGCCUAGUUCAAGGAGUUAUUCCAACUAAUAGGAAAAGGGUGACCUAUAACGGUCCUUCAAUGGCUUUCCAUGCUAUGGGUUUUGAGACAUCAAUUGAGUUCUUCUGGGCACCAAUGUUGGUAGAACUGAAGAAAGGACCUGACAAUAAGAGAAUUCUACAUUUGGAUUUGAUUGAAGAGAAUGCAAUGUAUUGGAAGGGAGUUGAUAUUCUUGUAUUUGAUUCAGCCCACUGGUGGACUCACUCUGGUCAAACAAGAUCGUGGGAUUAUUACAAGGAGGGAAAUAGUAUCAUCACAAACAUGAAUCCUAUGGUUGCUUAUCAGAAAGGACUCAGUACAUGGGCAAGGUGGGUGGAUCUAAAUUUGGACCCUAGAAGAACCAGAGUCAUUUUUCGAAGCAUGUCACCUAGGCAUAACAGGCAAAAUGGUUGGAAAUGCUAUAAGCAGAGGCAGCCUUUACAUUUUUUCAGCCACAUACAUGUUCCUGAACCACUAGUAGUGCUACAAGGAGUGCUAAAGAGAAUGAGGUUUCCAGUAUAUCUGCAAGAUAUUACAACAAUGACUGCUUUCCGAAGAGAUGGACAUCCUUCAGUGUAUAGCAAGGCAAUGAGUGAAGAGAGGCAGAAAGCAGGCUCAGGUCUUUCCUCUGAUUGCAGCCAUUGGUGCCUCCCUGGGGUGCCAGACAUUUGGAAUGAGAUGCUCAGUGCAUUGCUCUAACUGUGACAUCAACGGAAUGUUUGUGGAAAAUGUAAGCAGUGUUAAGCAACUUAUCUAGAUCAGGGUUUAUUUUAUCAUCUAGAGCCUUAAAGAACAUGCUUGAUUGAGUGUCUUUUGAUUAUUAAUGUUAUCUGAUCGGUAACACUACGAUUGGAUUUGUCAUUUUGACCACAAGCAGCCAUAUCACCUUUUGUUUGUAAUUUUAAGUUAAGAUUGCUGAAAUGAAAAUAAAAAGUGCAUAUGUUAUGUGUUA